AUGACGAGAACGCCGAAGGGAAUAAACAAAAGUAGAACACGAAGCAAAAAUGACCAAAAUGCAGCCGCCCCUCCUCGUCAUAAAAGCACGAGCACCUCUAAUUAUACAACCUGUAUCACCAAAAUAAAGCCGACGAAGAACCUUCACACUACUCCUUUCAGCACAUCUGCAACAGCAACACCCAAGAAACGGAGGUUUCAAGCAGGAUACCGACGAGGAGGAGGUUCCUGCGGGAGUAGAGACAUUUUUAAGAUUUUUACUCAGAUUCGAAACAAGACAACUACCCACUUCAGGACUUUAAAUAGGAUUAUAACAUCAGAAAAACGAUAAAAGUGACGUAUUAGUCCCGAACUUUUACGCCAGAGAAAGGACGCUAAUUUCAAAACCAUGCAACAAUAAUAGAUACUCUCAUAUACAAAAAAAACACCAAAUGCGCGAAAAAUUCUUUUUUUUUCAUUUUUUCAACACUAGGAUUAGUCUGCGAGUUUGACAGGGGCGGGGGCGCAGAUCUUCAUGGGGAAAUGAAGCAAGCGGCUUGUUUCUGUCGAACCGAAGAGAAAAAUUGCAAUCGAAAGAUAAGAAUUCAACCACGACUGGGGUGAAGAAGAGGAUGUGAAGACUUCGCCUAGAUUGCAUAUACUUCUUUUUACGCACCCCUAGUACUAGCUCCACCAAAAAAAUUGUGUCGUCUUUCACGACCUUUGCCUUUCCAGCACUCAUCUGAUAGCCAACUAGUAACUGUGUCACACCACGGCGCGACAAAAAGUUGAUAUUUGGAUAAGUACAAAGUCGUAUUUGCUCAUUUUUCCGCCUCAGGAGAUGAACUUGCUUCCGGCGCAAGCAGGCGCAGAAGAUGAAACUAUUGCUAAAGAUGGGCAAAGAGAAUCUUAUCCAAGUCGCAGUCACUCGUUUAUUUUACGCCGUUUAUUAUUCUUUGUCUUUGUCAACAGAAACAACAGGUGUAUCACCACAGGAAUAGAAUCACCUUGUUUAACGUCAGAAUACAAAUCUCAAUUUUACGCUUGAAGACUUGUAAUGCAGCUUUUUUGCAUUCUCGAAUGACCCUGUACAAAAACAUCCUUUGAUAGGACGAGAAAUGGAACUUUUCAAUAUUGUCUUUCUCUUGUACCUUUUGUUCAUCACCAGCUUGUUUUGCAGCCGGCGCACCCUUGUGUCGUGUUGUAACUGCCAGCGCAACUGCAGGGGUUCAAAAUCUUCUGAUGGUCUUCGUCGACGUUGUUCUUCACAAGCAAGUGAGUUGUGAUGAGCACCGGUCAGAGUUAAAGAAGGCAGUGCACUUUGAGACUCAGAAGAGAGAUGUAGGAGAUGAGAUUGCAG